AUGAUGCUCUAUUUGGCUGAAGGACCUUCGAGUGAACCACAGGAUUUAUACUUUAUAGCUGAGGAACCUGUUGUUCCUGAAAUUGUUGUUGAAGAGAUGAACUUUUGGACGCCAGGCAGGGCCGCCGCCAUCACUUGUACAGGUGUGGCUUUGUUGGCUGGCCUGGCGGUGGCUGCUUACCGCAAAUACCGAAGUCAACGAAAGUAUAUUCACGAUCUAGAAGAAAAACUGGAAAUGCAACAAACUGAAGUGGCCAGACUGAGAGAUCGUCUGGAAACUCAACAGAAUGAAAACUUGAAGACGGAGAUGACCCAAUACGUUCAAUCUUUGGAACUCCAACGAGGACGUCUGGACGCUGACAUAAUGAUGCUGGAAGAGAACCUGGACAAGAGUAAGCUCCGGGAAACUAAAAUGGAACGUGUCUUGGACGAAGCUAAGGAACAGAUCGAGUCUCUGCAGAAUCAAAUCGCAGAGAAAGAUCUUUUGAUUGAACGGACCGCACUGGAUAAGAAAGAAAUGGAACGUCGUCUGGAAGACGAGGAGAAAGCGAGAGGCAGAGACAUCCAGAUUUUGGAAAAACAGUUGAAUCUUUUCCAAGAGAGGAUGGAAAGCGCCCAAAAGGAGGAAACUGAGCUAUUCUCCAGAUUACAGGAAGCUGAAGCCACCAAUCGAGUGUUGGCUUCAGCGAAUGAAUGCUUCAAGAGGGCAAAUGACCAACUGAGAGAAGGUCUGGAAGAGAAAGAGAAUGAGGUCUACCAUUUGGAAAUUUUAAAAGAAGCUUCUGCACAAGUUAUAGCCGAUCUACAACAAAGGAAUGGCGAUCUCGAAGAGGAAAUUAAAAAGAAUAAGGACGAAAAGGAGAAGACCAGACUUUUGAACGACGAAGUUCAGCAGAUGAGAAACUGGGUUGCUGAACUAGGAGGUAAAAACGCCAUGAUGGAGGAGGAAUUGGCAAGGAAAGAACUAAAAAUAAAUUCACUAAAGAAUUCGCUAGAAAAUGCAGAAGGAGAGAAUGGUAUUUUGAAAGAAGAAGUUCAGAAUAUGAGAGAAUGGGUAGCUGAACUGGGUGGUCAAAAUGCUAAGAAGGAUGAGGAAUUGGCCUGUAAAGAACUGGAAAUAAAUUCACUGAAUAAUUCCUUAGAAAAUGCAGCAAGGAAAAGAGAAUAG